UUCACGCAACAAUCGCCGGCGGACUCUAACUGCUCUCCGACGCUUGCGCCACCACUUACAUCACCGAUUGGAAAUCCUGCUAUAGGCAAUCGUCUUAACCCGCUCGCUCCGCCCGGAUUUGGAUACCCGCGAGGGCCGCUGCCGUACGACUUGAACCCGCAGUACAUGGGAGGAGCGAGGAAGACCAGUGGACGAAAACCCAAGGAACUCGAUAUGGGACCGGUAGGAUUUUUAGACUACAAUUCGGUUAGUUAG